AUGAAGAAAGUUGUUGUAAAAGAGUUCCAUGAAAUUAUAUCUGAUCCCAUUUCCCUAACUGAUUCUGAAAAUAGAAUUGUACAACAUGAUGAAUUGCCUGUGGUAAACAAUGAGCUUUCAGUGACACUAAAUCUGAAACUUCAAAUUAUCUAUCCUGAUUGGGCCUGCAUUUUUCAUAAAGGCACUGAACAUUUAAUCCGUACUCCUUCACUCUGGUUGUUGCCAAACAAAACUACAUUGCAUGCGCGUUUCUCAGGUAACUGGGAACCAAAUGUUGGAAUUGGUGAGACUACUGCUGAGCUUUCGUUGAAUAAAUGGCACCAUCUAAGUUACACCCUUUCUGAUUCUGAAAAGAGGUUAGACUUCUAUAUAGAUGGUUCAUGGGUCGGAUUCCAUAGCAUUGAGGAUGUUCAGAUGCAAAAGGUUCUGUUCAAUACAGGACCACUACAUAUUGGAUCAACAUUUGGUCCAGGGGUUACUGGUGAAAUUAGCAAUUUUCGUUAUUUUAACUGGCGCCUUUCUGCUGAAGAAGUGGAGAAAAACUUUUUGGUAGGAUACUUUUAG